CCUCCAAACUAGAAGAGCUAUCAUGUCCAAGUUCGUGUGCUCGGCUGCUAAAAUAGGUUUCUCAUCCAAUGUUUGGAAUUUAUCCAUUGCUGUAUGCAGACAAAAACAUCUUUACUUCCGACAUAUGUUCAUGGCACUGCCUUCAGUAGGGAUACAGCACUUACAUUCACAGGCAUGUCACUUAUAUUCUGAUCAACACAAGCUGUUUGUUGAUGUAGACAGAACUGAGGAUUGCUCAAAUCCGAGUUUGUCCAAUUCUGAAAAAGACCUUGCCUUAGAGAUUAUAAAGGACGCUUCAAAAGUGGACAAGAUGGCACAGUGUUUACAGCUACAUACAGUUCAAAGACAAAUCAAGUCUCUGCUGGCUGCUGGCUUAUCGGAAACUGAGGUCCGUAGUGUUCUGUCUUCAAAUUCAAGACUUUUACGUGAAUCAAAAUUGUCAGACUUUGUUUUGUUUUUAAACGGUUACGGGUUUGGAAAUUCAGAUAUUGUAGCGCUGUUGGAAAAUGGCGACGGAUCGGUUAUUGUGAGUGGCCGAAAGAAGAUCGAGAAUAUGUACAACACUCUGUUGUCUGCUGGACAAAACAAUGCCCAGGUUAUCUCCCUUCUAGCAAAUAAUCCACAGAUUCUGUCUCUGUCUUCGAAACAGGUCCUCAGUCGCUUGAAUGCCCUGAAAGAGCUCUUUAAAACACAAGACGUUUUCACCUUGAUCCUGAAAUCGCCCUCCGUACUGCUUGACGACUGGAACUCGUUCCACGAGACGUUUAAGUACGUUUUUCAUGUCAUGAAAAUUACGCAGCCCCAGAUGGUCAAGAGUCAUGUGUUCCACCAUCCUCUGGCUCACAUCCGAAGUCGUCACUUGUUCCUCGCACGGUCAGGCCAGUGGUUCACGGGCAAACUCAAGCAGGGAGAAAAGAGCCCAAACCCUCGACUGGUGGAAAUAGUUGAUUCCACCGAUGAACAUUUCGCCAAGAAGUUCGGAGGAAUGAGUGGUAGAGAUUAUAGAACCUUCUGUAGACUUCUGGCUAAGGAAGACGAUGAACUGGAAGAAUGAUUUUUUUCAUUUUAUUUUUGUUGGUGAGCCAGUUGGCCUUUUUCUCGAUCCAGCCAGUGCACCACGGCUGGUAUAUCAAAGGCCAUGGUAUGUACUAUCCUGUCUGUGGGAUAGUGCAUAUAU